UAUUUGUAUUUUUAUCUGUAUCAAUUAUCCUGACCAUCUCAACAAUAUUUCAUCUCAAACAACUCAACCUGAAAACAAUGUGUGUGAAGAGUUUGAAUCAAGAAGAAGAAUUUAACAAGUGUCUGAAACAAGAGAGAUGUAGAUUGGAACUUGGACUGUCGACUUAUUAGCCAAUAAAGUCAAAUCAAAUUUAAUAGAGAUUUAUCCAUAUGAAAGGGAAAGAGAGAAAGACAUUUAUUAGAACCGAUAAAUGAAUAACGACAAAUUGUGGGAUUUGUUUAUAAACUUCUCAAUAAAUUCAAAGUCUUGUCUCACAUAUGUUGUUUUGACAGGUGUUUGUGAAUUUAUUGCUUGGUUUUACCUUAUUUAUUAAUGUAAUUAUUUAUGGUGUAUUGGAAGGUGUCCUUGGUUGUCUCGAAAGGCAAUGUAAAAAUUAUUAUUAUUAUCUAUUAUAUAGAGUAAUAAUCCUAAUCUUACUUCUCUUAUCUGUGAAGUUUUGCAUCCAUAAAACCCCAAAUUGUCACAAAAGCUGGACCUGGAAAAUGACUGCAGCACUGUACAUUGUGCUUAUGCUGCAUCUACAGAAGUGCAGGUGUGUGUAUAUUUCAAGGAUGUGUGUGUUUUCCGUGCGGCAGGAGUGCGACAUGUCGACCUGUGUGGUGAAGUCCAGGAGUAAAAACCCGUACACCGCGGUAAAGGUGGACCCGGACAGUGAUUACUUCACACCAGGAACAUUAGACCUGGAGCAACUGUUCUGGGCCGGCAGCAUGGCUCAGUAUGCACAUGUGAACCAGGUGUGGACCAGCGUCUACAUCGGGGAUGAGAAAACAGCUCUGGAGCUGCCCGGCCUUAGGGAUCUGGGUAUCACACAUGUGCUGAAUGCUGCAGAGGGGAAGUUUAAUAAUGUGCUGACUGGUGCCGAUUACUACACUGACGUGAACAUCCAGUACUUUGGUGUGGAGGCCGACGACAAACCAACCUUCAACAUCUCCCAGUACUUCUGCUCUGCAGUCCAGUUCAUCCACGAGGCCCUCGCUCACCCAGAGAACAAGGUGCUGGUGCACUGUGUGAUGGGUCGGAGCAGGUCGGCCACUCUGGUCUUGGCGUACCUGAUGAUGAAACAGAGCCUGACUGUGGUGGACGCUAUUGAGCACGUGCGACAGCGGCGCUGUAUCCUGCCCAACCACGGCUUCCUAAAGCAACUCAGAGCCCUGGACAUCACACUACAAGAGGAUAAACUCAGAGAAAAAAGACAGAUGCAAGACCAAAUGUAGAUAAUGUAUAUAUAAUAAUCAAUCUCAGGUAUUUAAAUGUUCAACAACUAUUCUAUCAAUAAACCCAGUUUUUCAUGACUAUGUCAAGUUCAAAUGAAAUAUUUUUUCACAAGGACCAAGUGUUGUUUUCUCAUCAUCAGCUACUGCUACUGAUGCAAGAUCCAGAUCAGUGCAUAAAGGGCCUGGCACAGAUUACCACAGAUGAUUCAGAUCUCCUGUGUUCAGCAGCCGACCUGUGAUUCUGAUUCUAAUAUGAUAUGAAGUGUGAUAUCGACCAAACUAGGGUUCACACUCACUCUCCCUUCCCUGGCUCAGCCCCAUCCUCCAAUGUCUUACCUCGAAAAUUCAUUUCAGGGAACGGAUUGAUUUCAGAUAUUAAGGUUGGGCACAGAGAUAGAUGACUGAGUAUUUUUAAGCCAGAUAUAACAAUGUCUGAUAAGGUUGUUCAGGUGUAUUUGAGCAUAAAGUGAGCUCCUAAAGUCAAUGAUAAAGUGAUUAGACUUUCGAACCAAUUAAACAGAGAAAAAUCCACAUUACAUUAGUUCUUAUGCUUGUGAUAUUAAGAAAAAAACACGUAUGUCUUUCAGAUAUGAGUGUCUAUAUUCAGAAUAGUUGUAUUUAAAAUUCUGCAUAUCAGACAUAACACACACUCUGGUAAAUAAAGUUGGUUUAAAAUACUUGGCCCAGUAUCAUGUUCACGUUCUUGAUUCAUCCUCAAACUCCUUAUUC